CGCAAACCGCGUCGGCCUAUACCCUGCCCUUGAACCCCUAAACAGCCAAAAACACAACCUCUAGUAUUACAGCUUUCUGUCUCCACAGCUAGAAAGGAACGAUGCCAAAGAGAUUGUAAUUUUUCAAGAAUUUCCGUCCAGCGUAAAGUCUCUUAUUGUGGCCCCUGGAGACCAGCAUUCAUAACAUGGACGGUUCUGAUCCUUAGAUUCUGAUCCUCAGACCAUCUCAGCAUAUCGGCCCGAAAUAAUGGGAAGCUGACUGGAAAUAGAUCGGGAAUCGAUCCUCCGACCUCACUUGAAAUCGGGAGUCACGGUGACAAGUCGAUCUCUCGUCAUUUCUCUCAACCAAGAAAUUUGCAGAAGAUAGGAAGAGAAGAAGGACAAGAACAAGAGUCAGAAGAUGGGGAAGAUCCCACCCUCCCUCAAAUCCUCUAAACUCCCUCUCUCUCUCCUCAAACCCUCUUCUUCCCUUCCCCAACCCUCUCCUUGUCCUCCUAUACCCAAAAGAUAUCCUUCAUCCAAAAAACCAUCAUCCAAGAAAACCCAAACUUCAAAAAAGCCUACUCCUUCCCGUCCAACUCUCUUUACAUCCCCCGACCUCUCUGAUGCCAAGAAGACCUUGAACUCCCUCCUCUCCUCUUCCAGAACCACUCCGACUACCAGCUCCCUCAAUGCCCUCUUCCAAUCCUUCUGUGAGAUCAGCACGCCCCAGGACUCCCUCCCCUUCCUCCACCACAUGCAACUCAAAUGCCCGUCCUUCUCUCCAAACCACUCCACCUACCACAUCCUCCUUACUCACUCCUGUCAUGGUGAAAUCUCAACUGUCCGCAAAGUCCUUGACCUCAUGGCUGACAAUGGGUUCCCUCCCAACAAUGUCUCUCUUGAUCUUGCUGUCCGCGCCCUCUGUUCCCUUGGUCGUGAAGAUGAUGCCCGUGAAUUAAUCAAAGAAUUAUCUGUCAAGUACUCUCCACCCGAUGCCUUCACCUACAAUUUUCUUGUUCGCCGCCUCUGCAAGACUCAUUCUCUGAGCAGAGUCUAUGAAUUCAUCAAAGACAUGCAGAAUGCCGUAACACCUGACCUUGUAACAUACACUAUCCUAAUUGAUGCUGUCUGCAGUAAAAAGAAUCUCCGUGAGGCAACACGUCUUCUUGGCAUACUCAAAGAUGCUGGCUUCAAACCUGAUUGCUUUCUUUACAAUACCAUCAUGAAGGGUUAUUGCAUUUUGGACCGGUGUAGUGAGACAAUCGGUGUCUAUAAGACGAUGAAAGAGGAAGGAGUCGAGCCAGAUCUUGUGACAUAUAAUACACUGAUCUUUGGGCUGUCUAAGGUCGGGAGAGUGGUGGAAGCACGGAAGUUCUUGAAUAUUAUGGUGGAAAUGGGGCAUUUUCCCGAUGCAGUUACAUACACGUCACUCAUGAAUGGAAUGUGUAGGAAAGGGGAUGCUUUGGGGGCAGUGGCACUUUUGGAAGAGAUGCAAGAGAAGGGAUGCAGUCCAAAUUCAUGCACUUAUAAUACGUUGCUUCAUGGGUUGUGUAAAGCACGGUGUUUCGAGAGGGGGUUUGAGUUGUACGAGGUGAUGAGGUUGGAGGGGAUGAAGCUUGAAGCUGCUUCUUAUGCAACGUUUGUGAGGUCGCUCUGUAGAGAUGAUAAGAUAGCGGAGGCAUUUGAGGUUUUUGAUUAUGCGAUAGAGAGUAAGAGUUUGACGGAUGUGUCGGCAUAUUCGGCAUUGGAGAGUUCUCUCAAGUGGGUGAAGAAAGUGAAAGGCUGAUUUAUGCUUGUUUUCUGUGUAAAAUAUGCAGUUCCUUUGAUGAAGAAGAGCAUUGAAGUUUUUGACCGCUUGAAGCUAUAAUUUAGGUGACUAGACUCCUAUGUGAAUUGCACCACUUUGAAAAUGGUGGUGGUCCAUCCUCUCACAUGUGGCACUGAUGUACAACUCUCCAAAAACCAUCCAAAUUGUGGGUCUCUUUUUUGAGUGGAGAUCAAACACUCCUAACUAUUCAUUUAGUUACAGUGGUUGGUUCAAAUUCAGAGGGAAAAAUCAGAUGGUUAAUAUUAUCUCCUCAGUGUAGUUCUUUUGUUAUGCUCCAUCAGCAAUUGGGUCAGCAAUUUGGGCAGUCUAGAUUGCGUACAACUAUUCCAUGUCAGUUAGUUCUAAGUUGGGAUUUAAGAAGAUAGCCUUGAUGGAUAAACGCAUUGGAAGCUUAUUGGGCUGGCCGAAUGAGGAUGAUGUAAUUUAUUUCUGAACUGGUAUUAACCAAGCAUUUUAAUUCUUCCUUCUGUCACAUUCUUAUUCUUCGGUGUAUUUCAUCUUCUUUCUUGUUGCAGAGCAAGGCUGGCAAUUGAGAGGGUGGAACUAGAGAGAUGUUUAGGAAAUACAG